GAAAUUGCCCAGAGGCUGGCUGGAACAGCAACCAGCUCGGCUUCGUUCCAGGGAUUUCGACUAGCACUGCGUCCGAACCUGGAGGUGAUCGGGCUCCGCGGUCAAUGAUGCCGAUGAUCCUGAGGUGACCGCGACGUCCCAAAGAAACCGUCUGCGAGAUUGAAAGCUGUAAUGGCCGCCUGCUCGAGUACGCCACGUACCUGGUCAACAGCUAUCCCAGCCUGUGUCUGAUGUUCAACCAGGUCUUCACCAACCUUCGCCACCUGGUGAACAUCUUGAGCCAUUGUCGGUUGGAUAACGACAAGUCAGGCGCAGCAAGCAUGGCUGACGGUUGCAUCCUCCUUGAUGAGCUGUCCGUCUGGAACGGAUUCCGUUCCAUCGUCAACAUCGAGUUACGCGAACUGAGGCCAAGUCGGCCAUCCCUGGUUUCCCUGUGCGGACGCGUGCUUGGCGUGUCUUCCAAUGUACGACGCAGGUGCUCGUUGGUGUUGGUCUACUGGCUACCAAUGGAACACCCCUCCACUGACUUAUUUGAGCUGUGCGCAUCGGGCAUCUUGCCAAACCAGCUAUCCAUGCGGGACGGCGUUGAGCUGAGCGGUAACCUCAGGCACGACCAGAUCAGUUACUGCCAGUGGGUCGACUACCCACCCAGGGAACUGAUAGACGCACUCCGCUCCACGGUGACCCCACUCUACAUGCUGGAGAUCUUGAGCGUGUACUUCUCGAGCGUUGGCGUGCACAUGCUUUGUGAGCUGUUCGUCACGUGUGAGGCCCUAUACACGCUCGCCUUCCUCGAAAACCGGAUCGACGUGCCCAAGGCUAAGGUUCUCAUGCGCUGCUGCGCCACGCACAAUGGCAUGCGGAAGGUUUACAUCAACGAGCUAUUCGCGACAGUCGACUCUUGCUACGUGCCGGACGACCUGGUGAGACGCACCGCAGUCAUCGAUCAGCUCGUGGUAAGCCACCGUGUGCGUUGCACGUACGGGAAGCCGCACGCAUUCGCUGCGUUCUUCGUCGCCGUCGCCGAUCGGUGCGCGCUGAUCAAGACGUUCCAGAUUUACAACCUCAAAUUGUACCAGGUGGACCUCCGGGACGUCUCCAGGGUGCUGAAAGGCAGCGCGACUAUGGAGAGACCGAAUUUCACGUGCACUGCCGCUGCGGCAGGACUUCAAUGUUCACUGGCACUUGUUAUUUUGCGCAAAGUAACACCCGCCGAAAUUCACGUGAGCAGCUGUCUGGCUCCUCUUGACAACUUGGGUGAAAUCACGAAAGUGAUCGGGGGUGAUGAGAUGCUGAAGAAGCUGUCAUUCAGCCAGACUUAUCGUAGCGGCUACGCCACCUGGCGGCUGGUAGGCACCCUGAAGGUGAACUUGACGCAGGGUUUCGUGAGCCUCGGCACGAUAAAACAGCCGGUUGUGGUGAAUUUCUCGAAGCAAGUCUGCGUCAGAGACAAUACAAGAAGGGCAGAGUUCGAAGGAUUCUGCGCUUUCAUUGACAGCCUGGUCGCCUAUUACCAGAAGACCUGGCAAGCGACAUUCGAAACGUCCGUUCCACUUUACUGGCCUCAGUUCAAGAAACACACCCGCCGACUUUGUGGCAACGGCUGCCUCACGCGUUUUCGCCAACUGUGGCUACCAGCGGGGCACGCUGCUGGCGCUCGCCCCGGAGACGUCGCCGUUUAUGAUGGUGCUUAGAGACAUUGGCGAGAGCCGCCGCCUAUGCUCCUUCAUCUUUAAUGGCUGGACGUUCGAUUACCACGCGGCGACCACCUUAAAUUACAUGCUAUGAACUACGAGAACACUUAACCAGCUCAUGUCUACCGCUGUGUUACCGCAAUCUGACGUCUUCCUGUUGAUAAAACUGUUCGGCAGCCUAGAAAGCCACUGCACGCUCUUGAGCAGGAUCGAUUACAAACAGCGGGACUGUGAACAGAAUGUGUUCGACUUACGUGACGCGCUGCAAAUUAACGUGUCCCUGCUGCAGGACGCGAGGCGGCUCGUUGUGCCUCCCAGCUGCAGCUCCAAGACGACGGCCCCGGCUUUCUAAGACUUGCUAAGUAGGCGCUCGCUACUCGCCCACGUGUCGGCACUGGUGGGCCUGACCAAAACACAAGCGUGUGAGACAACAACACGCCAGUGGCGAUACGUGGGCCCGAACUUCUUGGUCCUCGCUCGUAUCGUGAGGGUUAGUCGAGCGCUGUCGUGACCCAACACAUAGCGUCCACCCUCGUCAGCUGGAUAACACUGACUUCGACUACUGCAUGAACAUAAGGUCGCACCUGAUCCUCGAGGAUAUCAUGUAGAGGAGCGGAUUCGACGUUGUGGACUUUUGCGUAGCGUGUAUCAGGUCGCAUUGUGCGUCUCUCCCCACUGCAUAUCGUUGCGCACCGGACUGCAGUUCUUCAGGGCAAGCCCUUACGACAGUGCGAGAGAUAGACAUGCGCCGGACUAGCUGCUACAGUGAACAGAACCGGGACCUGAAGCUUGAUUUCUUAGUUACAAUCGGAGAAACCAUUUUUGCUGCAGUGUAGGAUAAUGAAGUUUCGUAGGGCACAAGGUCUGUGGCAGCAGGUUUCGUCUGAAAUGUGGACAUGCUUGGCUCGGUGCAAAUGACACGGGCAGAGGGAGGUCAAUACCUGCUAUACUGUGUUCUUCGGAGCUUUCCUUUUAACUUGCAUGUACAUGCGUCUUGGCACAUUUACUUAAGAUCAAGUUAGAAACAGCGUUACGUUGUGAUGAUCAUGCCACAUUUUUAAUAGAAGUGCUUUCUGUAUUCUUUUCUGUCGCUAGCGUAUGCUUGCUUAUAUUGUAUUUUGAAGCUUACAUUUGUAUUUUAACUGGACAUAAAGAAUUAAUGCUGAA